GCGGACUGGCGACCUUUCCACGCUUUUAUGGAGGAAAAAAAAAAGAAUAUUUCUUAAUAUAUCAAUUUAAGCCUGGUCGCUAACUUCUAGUGCUUUGUUUAGUUUGUCUUUUGAAAAAGUGUCCCCCUGUCAGGACGCGACAGCCCAUUUCCGUUUCCGCCUUCGUGUCCGUGGCGGAGCGCGGCUGCGGCGGGAGGCACCGGACAACGCCGGGAGGGAGCAGCGGGGCCGCGGCCGCCCCGGGACCGCAGCGCGGCCAUGGAGACGCUGUACCGCCUGCCCUUCGCCGUGCUCGAGUGCCCCAACAUCAAGCUGAAGCGGCCGAGCUGGGUACACAUGCCCUCGGCCAUGACCGUGUACGCGCUGGUGGUCGUGUCCUACUUCCUCAUCACCGGAGGAAUUAUCUAUGACGUGAUCGUGGAACCUCCGAGCGUGGGGUCGAUGACAGACGAGCACGGACAUCAGAGGCCGGUGGCUUUCUUGGCAUACAGAGUAAAUGGACAGUAUAUUAUGGAAGGCCUUGCAUCCAGCUUCCUCUUCACAAUGGGUGGCCUAGGAUUCAUAAUUCUGGAUCGAUCCAAUGCACCAAAUAUCCCCAAGUUGAAUAGGUUUCUUUUGCUCUUUAUUGGAUUUGUUAGUGUGCUUUUGAGCUUCUUCAUGGCCAGAGUUUUCAUGAGGAUGAAAUUACCGGGCUACUUGAUGGGUUAGUACCUCUUGUGCUGUGUGAAAGUUCGAGUGGAAUUUACUCCUCUUACAAAGUGUUUUAAGAAGAAACAGCAAGAAACAAGUUCCAUAGCCACCAUCAACAGCAAAGAGACCUGGCCAUGAGAAACAACUCAGGAAAGAGUGCUUUCUCUGCAAACUCUCACUACCAGUGGCUGAUCUGUAGUUAUUCAAGCAAUGUUUUAUCAUUUCUGAUGUAGAGCUUUUGAAAAAGAAAAAGUUAUAUUGUGGAGUAUUUCUUUAAUAUUCCAUUUCAGGAUGAAGUAGAGAACCUACUUUUAGCUCUACCUGAAAUGAGUAUUCGCUAUUGACGGUUCUUUGUUGCAGGUCUGUCUCCUCUUCCCUCUUUUGUGUGGGACAAUUAUGUAUGUGAAUCAGAGAAGAAACACUCAAAACAUUAAUUUCCAAGUUGUAAUCAGAUAAUUAGUAACUUUGGAUGCUUUACAGCCAAAAUACAAUGUGUCUGAAAUUAUUGUGAAGGCAUCUUUGGCCUUGGUAUUAAUGAUAUUAAUGCUCUAUGUGAGCAAAUCCAGACAUGCACUGGGAAGGGCGAAUUGUAUGAAUGUGCAUUUUUUUUAAGAAAAAGUGUACAAAAGGAACCAAAUAAAACUUAUUUUCUAAAAAAUUA